AGAAAAGUUGGGGACGGUGCUGUUGUAUACUUAUUAUAUAAUGCAAAAUUAAUUAAAAAUGCUUUUAUUUACGAGAAAACUUUUGCCACUGCGAAUAGUAAACUAUAAAAUAUUCAGUAAAAGAAAUAAGUAUAUUGUUCUCUUACCUGAAAUUCCACCAGAUACAGCAGAAAAUAAUCCAUUGUUACGUACAUCUGCACUUCCUGCCUUCAGCCAGUUAAAUAGUGAAAAAUGUGUCAAUGCAGUUGGGAAAUUGAUGAUUCAGUAUGAAGCUGGAAUUCAUCAUUUAGAUCAGAAACUUGAUGACUCAGAAGUUCAAAUUAAUGUGCAGAAUGUGAUACUACCAUUAGACAGACUUACAGCUCCUUUUGAUUUUGCUUGGGGAGCUUUCAAAUUGCUUUAUACAGUUCGUCGAAACCAAAGCAUUGCUGAUGCUUAUGUGAAGCUUCAUCCAAGAAUAAUAAAAGCAAAGCGAGAGAAGUAUCUAAGCCCUGCUAUAUACAAAGCAUUUAAGGAACUAAAGUCAAAUGAAAAUCAGUUGACUGAGCCAGUACGCAGGAUCGUUGAUAAGCAUAUUCUGGAAUCACAGUUGUCUGGAAUGGACUUGUCAGAUAAAGCCUAUGAUCAUUUUCAAACCAUUGUUCGUAAACUUGACGAGGGAAGAGGGAAAUAUAAGCAUAAGUUAGUGCAGGCGACAUCGUCUUUUUCUCAUGAUUUGCAAUUUGACGACAUUAAAAAUUUCCCAAAAGAAGUGCUGAAGUUUUUUGCAGCUGACCCCACCAAUGUUGCUCGUGGCCCAUGGACUUUAACCCUUGAACCUCAUGUUUAUAACUGUUUUAUGGAAUACUGCGAUAAUAGACUUCUGAGAUGGAAUGCCUGGUUUGCUAAUCACAUAAGAGCUACAUCAACUUCAGAUGAACUGAACAACAGCUUAGAAAUAGAAGAAAUAAGGCAUCAAAGGACUAAUUUAGCAAAACUACUAGGCUUUGAUACUUAUGCAGAGCUGUCGAUGAAAACUAAAAUGGCUGGGAGUGUUGAAAACGUAAUGGAACUUAUUACAACAUUACAUGUAAAAAGUAAAGAUGUCACAUUAAAAGAAAUAGAAACACUUGAAGAAUUUGCAAAUGCAAACGGAUUUGCAGAUAAGCUACAACCAUGGGAUAUACCUUUCUGGCAAAGACUGCACAAAGAAGAACUUUUCAAUGUGGAAGAAGCUACAGUUCGACAAUAUUUUCCAUUACCAGUGGUUUUAGAAGGCAUAUUUGGACUGAUCAAGAAGCUAUUUGGAAUAACUAUUCAAGAAGCUAAAGAAAAUGUAGAUGUUUGGCAUGAAGAUGUGUCAUAUUAUAAGGUUACUGAUGAAAGUGGUAAGGAGAUUGCAUCAUUUUAUAUGGAUCCAUACAUGAGAGUAGAUGAAAAAAUGAGAGGUGCUUGGCUAGAAGUUGGAAGAAAUCGGAGUGAUGUCUAUGGCUCUGAACCUUUAUCAUAUUUAGUUUUUAACUUCCACCCUCCGUCAUUUGGCAAGCCAUCUUUGCUUUCAUUUUCAGAUUUGAAGGUAUUAUUUAAAAAGUUUGGUCAUCUACUGCAACAUUCAUUGACAACUGUUCCUUAUACUGAAGUGGCUGGGCUGACAAAUUUGGAGUGGGAUGUUGUGAAUGUGUGUCCACUAGUGAUGAGCUCUUUCCUCAGAGAUUAUAAAACAGUUAAGAAGUUAAGUCAACAUGUGGAUAGUGGGGAUGUGAUACCUGCUGACUUACAUGAACAGCUUAUUAAAAAGGAUCAGUAUAUGAUGGGUUUACGAUUGACUGAAGAACUGUUCCUCUCUGCCCUGGAUUUGGAACUGUAUAGCAAAAAUGAAUUCUGGCUAAAUGCAGCUAAAAGAGUAUGGGCUCAAUAUAUGCCGUUUCCUUAUGAGAAGAAUACCGCCAAACCUUGUUCCUUCCCUGAAAUCUUUUGUGAUCAAUACCCUGCAGCAUAUUUCUCAAACCUUUGGGCAGAAAUGAUUGCUGCUGAUGUAUUUAGUGCUUUUGUGGAAGAAGGGUUAGAUGAUGAUGAAAAAAUGGCAAAAAUAGGCCACAGGUUUAGAGAUACAUAUUUAUCCCUUGGAGGUGGCUGCCAUCCUGGAGAGGUCUUUCGCCAAUUUCGUGGAAGAGAUCCCUGCACAGAUGCACUUCUAGUGAGUUACCAGCUCUUGAAGAAAACCCAGAGUUAGCAGUUUGUUUGCAUUUAGCCCUUUUUAGAAUGGUUUCUUUUCACUUUGGAAGUUAUAGAAUGAGAAACUUUUAUUGGCAGAAAGAAAACUCCGCCUUUAGUUAUUCCCAACACAAAAAAACUAUUUUUAAAGGGAAAAAAAAUAUCAAAUCAUAAAACUUUAUAUAAGACCAGAUAAGUUAAUUAGAUAUGUCAUAAUUACUCAAUGUGAAUGUAAAGCUUUUCUCAUUGAAAUAUUUUAGUUCUGAAGAAAAUGAAAUUUUACCUAGGAACAUAAUUUCUGUGUUUUUAAGAAUAAUUUUCAGUUAACAAUGUCUGAAAUACAUUGUUCACUCCCUCUUUCUUUUGGAUACUCUUCUCCCCAAGUAUUUAUUGUUUUGAAAGGUUCUUUUAUGUGCGAAAUAUGAAAAUGAAAGAGUGUACCGUCGAACUUGCUUAUUACGAGUACAAAGGGACCGCAAUACUUACUCGUUAUAACUUAGAGUUAGUGAAAAACUUUAAAAAUUCAUACACACCUGCUUUGUCUGUUCUUAUUUCUGUACAGUUCUAAAGAAGUUGGUUACAUGUUUUGAACUGUUUUGUGUCCAAGGAAUACUUGUGACCCAGAAAACUUCAUUUGCACCAUUACCUUCCAUGAAACAAAAGGACUCUUUCUGCACAUCAUGGUUCAGAUUAAAAUUCUUCACCUUUGUCGUUACUUUCUUCAUAAUUAUUAUUUUCCAUUUGUUAGAGCUAUAUAUCCUCAAAAGUAAGUUUUGAAGAAAUGAUUAUAGUGUUGUCAAAAAAUAUAUAAGUUUAAAAUGAUUCUCUGCUCCACAUUUUUUUUUAAAGGCCCUCAUAACUUUCUCAGAAUUUAUGACAUUUCCAACUCCAUUUCAGAGUGUUAACGAUCCAUUUUCCAAGAAAAUAUAAGCUGAGCUGGAAGGGAAUAGAUACCUUAUGAGCACAAAAAUAUUGCUUGCUUUAAGAAGGGUUUGCUCGUUAAAAGCCAGUUCUAGUCCCGAAGACUAAACAUUGUACCAACCAAGUAUUUCUAAAUUCCUUGUUAAUUAGGGCUCACUAUAAGCAAGUUCAACUGUAUAAAUGCCUCAUUUAAAAGUACUACAUCUUUAUCAUAAUGUAUGUAUUACAUUAUAUGUACAAAGUAAUUAAAAAGUAAAAUCUUUUGGCUA